UGUGGUCGGUGAAACGAAGCAAACCUUAUUCAAACGCAAAAUGAUCGCCAAAGCCGCAGUAAUUUUGUCCGUGGUUGCGCUGGCAUCGGCUGGCGUGGUGCAGCUCGCCCACGGGUACGCGGGCGAGGGCUACGGACACGAGGCGGUCGCGUACGCACCGGUCGCGCAGUACGGACACGAGGACACGCAUGUCGACUAUCAUGCCCACCCAAAAUACGACUACUCUUAUUCGGUGUCAGACCCCCAUACUGGUGACCACAAGACCCAGCAUGAGGCCAGAGACGGUGAUGUAGUGAAGGGCGAAUACUCUCUGCUACAACCUGACGGUUCUUUCCGCAAAGUUACAUACACAGCUGAUGACCACAACGGAUUCAACGCGGUUGUACACAACACUGCGCCAGUAGUACAUCACGAGUACCAUUAAGCCUCUACAUAUGUUGGCUUUUGGCCUCGUCAACCAUGUGAUAUUAUUACCUUUAAUUCUUAUUUAGAUAGUCUUUAGUCGACAUCGAUUUAUGUUUUAAGACUGCGGCGAUAAUAAACUGUUCGAAAACUCAUAAUGUUUUUUUUUAUUAUUCCAUAAAUUACAACUAAAACCCUACAAAAUUUGUAUUAAUAAAAACAUAUACGUUAUAAGAAAAGUGAUCGUUUUGGUUAAGAGAUAUAAAUUUAUAAUUUUUCUAUGAUUUAACAGUUUUGUUCGAGUGGUUUAAAGUCUUUCAUAAUAUAUUAAAUAAAAUUAAUAGAUAAAACAAUGCACAAUAACCUUAUGCAGCUAAUAUCUACGUGUAUAUUAUAGGUACUUCGUUAUUUUUUAUUAUGUUAUUUUCUUACAAAUACAUAUCUUAUAUCUAGCAAAUGUUAAUUAGCCUUGCAACCAUCGAUAAGGUUGCAUAUGUGAAAGUUAUUCAUAUAUCGUUGCAGCAUUAUUUAUUUUAGAAUUACAUAUAUUUUAUAUUUUGAUUAAUUUUGCAUUCACAAUUCCAUACUGAAAAUUAUUCUUAAUACAAAAUGAUUAAAAAAUUCACUUCACAAUCCACCACAACACAAUCCACCUGGCACCCUGAGAUGGGAAUCGAACCCACGACCUUUCGCAAUCCGAGCGACUGCUCUAACCACUAAGCUACCCAGGACCUAACAGGACUGAUGAAUCUUUCAAGCACUUGUUUCUUUUCGCUACUACAUAGCGUAUUCUCAUGAAAUAUAUAGGUUAUUCAUAGCUGUGUUUCCUUAAUGCAAUUGAGUUAUUCUUAUGAAAUAAUGUUGAGCAAAAAUAAAAAAAAUAUUGGAUAUAUCGAAAUGUACAACUUAAUUACGAUGUUGCAUUUAUUUUUAUCAUCAGACAUAGUUUAAUUAAUCCAAUUUCACUGCACAUCGUUGGAUAAUUACUCGUCAGAAUAUUUAUAUUUUAAUUCAUGCCUUUCCAACUCCCAAUAGAUAGAGUCGGGAGAUAAUAAACGAAUCGAGAGAGUAUUAAACGAUUAUAUUUGAAAAAAUGAAAUCGCUUAAUUUCGGUGGAGGCUAGAUAUAAAAUAACUCUCCUUCAGUUCAAGGUUCUGCUGUGUAAUAAAAUCAGACUCAAUGUUCUUAUUAUAAACUUUAACAGGCAUGCAAUAACAUAUUUUUUUAUAUAAAUCGGUAUAUCGUUUUACAAAUUUGAAUUUUUAUAAAAUGUACAUACGUACUGGGCACAGUUUAUAUACCCUUUUUUAGAAACAGUGGUUUACAUGUAUCAAUAGA